CCUCGCAGGCAGACCCUGCUCAGCUUAUCAGGACCCUGGCUGGAACAGCCCGGGGUCCUCCGUGCUAUGCUCUCCUCUCCAGCAGUGGUGCUGCACCCCUACAGCCUGCCCGUCUACCCCCAGGCUCCUCAGUGCUACCCCGGGCUGGUCCAGGGUAGCCAGGAUGCAGCCACCCCAGCCGACCCCAUGACGCAGACAUACCCAGCCCAGUACCCCCCUCCUCCCCCGCAGGCUCGGCUGCCCCCACAGUACCACCCGCACGGCACUGCCCCAGAGUACCCAGCACAGACCCCCGCUGAACAUGGGCUCCGCAUCUACCCUGCUGGUCAGCCUCACCCAGAGCCCAGCACCACAGCUGAACCCCUUGUUCCUGCCCUGCCUCCACCUCCUGCGCCCACCGAGGAGGGUCCUGCAGCCGACCUGACCCCAGAGGCCCCGGAAGCCGAGAAUGUCGAGAGCAAGUCUCAGCCCAAGCGGCUCCAUGUCUCCAACAUCCCCUUCCGCUUCCGUGACCCUGACCUGCGACAGAUGUUUGGGCAAUUCGGGAAGAUCCUGGACGUGGAGAUCAUCUUCAAUGAGCGUGGCUCUAAGGGCUUUGGGUUUGUGACCUUUGACAGCAGUCAGGAUGCUGACCGGGCCCGAGAGAAGCUGAACAGCACCAUUGUGGAGGGCAGGAAGAUCGAGGUGAACAACGCCACAGCUCGUGUGGUCACCAAGAAGCCCCCAGUGGCGCCUGUGGUGAACGGCUGGAAGAUCAACCCCAUGGUUGGAGCCGUCUACGCCCCUGACCUCUACACAGUUGCCAGCAUCCCCUACCCGGUGGUUGCACCUGCAGCCCUGGCCUAUCGAGGGGGCUUGCGGGGCCGGGGCCGUGCUAUGUACAGCCCGAUCCGGGCAACACCUGCCCCAUCACCUGUCCCCGCCUAUGGCAGCGUGGUGUACCCGGAUGGGCUCUAUGGUGCUGAUGUCUAUGGCUACACAGCAUAUCGAGUGGCCCAGCCUCCUACAGCAGCUGCAGCAGCGGCUGCUUACAGCGAUGGGUAUGGCCGAGUCUACACCACGGCAGACCCCUAUCACCAUGCUGUUGCCCCGGCCUACGGUGUUGGAGCCAUGGCCAGCCUGUACCGUGGAGGGUACAACCGCUUCACUCCGUACUGAAGGACCAAGCACCAGGGACGCUAGCAGCAGCAGCCAGGAGGGGCCUGGGCAGCUGACAGACACGUGGACAGUGGGGGUUUGCUGUGCUGGCUUCUGACAACUCUGUGAAGGGGGAGCUCUGGGGACUGAGGGCAGAGGAGGGGGCACUGUGCACUGAGACUCCUGCUCCCAGCACAGGGCCAGGGUGGGCCUAGGGCUGCUUGUUAGCUAGAAGGGAGCCCUGCCUUACCCCCAUAACCCAGAAUCCCCUGCGCCUCCUGUCUCUGUCUGUAUCACCUGUUACCCAGAAUCUCCUGGGGGAACUGUACAUGGGCCUAAUGCCGGCACCUCAUAGGACUCCUACAUAGCCCCAACACCUCAUCCCUAUUACCCAGAAUCCCUUGGGACUUCUACCUGACUCCCCCAGUAUCUUACCCAGAAUCCCUUGGGGCCCUUGCCCAGCCUUAGUGCCCUAUUCUGUUACUCACAAUGCCUUGAAGCUCCUGCAGUGAUCCAUGGAGACAAUGGGGCAGGUGCAUGCUGAAGGUGACAGCACAGACUACUCUGGAGUGAAACAAGGGGUGAAUUUGUCCUGUGUUCAAUACCCAAAGCCAGUGUGAUGCCUUGGGGAAGGGCAGGGGCAGUGGGGUUGCUGGCUGAAGAGGCAAAACUGGAGCUCCCAUAAGGGUUGUGGUUUGACUGCAGACAUCUCUGCAGGCAGCUGGGGUCACUGACUGCCCCUCUCCAAGCCUGGGCUGGUUUUCUCUUCUCCUUCUCCACAGCCAUAUCCUCUCCACCCUCAUCACCCUUGCUUCCCAUGCACUCUCCUGGGGGCCUGCUGAACCGGGCUGCCUCACUAGGAGACAUGAGCAUCAUCAGAGGCUGAGGGUUUUUCACUGUGAAUGAGCCAGCCCCUUUCCCCAGCACACUCUCAGGGACAGUUCACUCUCAUCUCUCACCAUUUCCUGUGUGUCAAUAAAGUUCUCCUCUAAGUCA